AUGAAGCAUACUUCCGUGAAAGCCGCGACAUGGCAUACUGGGUCACAGAUUGAGAAUGAUGCUGCCAAUCCACUAGAACAGUCCAUUACUCGCGUCAGUGAUGCUGACAUUGCAAGUCCCGAAGUUGUCAAUGGGAAUACGUUCACUGCAUCUCUGGUGGCCGGUUUCAUGCCUCACUAUAGUUACCAUCCUCUUCCGGAUGGCUCGAUCCGACUACUUCGACUCCUACCUGACCGAGACAAAGACGCCCCAUUACGGUGUAACAUCGUGAGCUACCCUCUCCUCGAGUCAGGUUCCGGCGACCAUUCCUACGACGCCCUGUCGUAUGUUUGGGGCACUACAUCCAAGGAUUUUGUGAUUUUUAUAGAAGAUUUCCAACUAGCGAUUACAAGGAAUCUUGCUACAGCGCUUCUGAACCUUCGGGACCCCUUCAUUGAGCGAUUUAUUUGGGUAGAUGCUAUUUGCAUCCACCAGGACGAUGUGAAGGAGCGCAAUCACCAAGUGCAGUCCAUGGCAAUGAUCUACGCCCAAGCUGCUCGUGUUCUGGUUUGGCUCGGAGAGCAACAAAACGACAGCGAGAUAGCUCUCCAAGCGAUUCACCAAGCUGCUGAUGAGCAAUUCGGAGAUAUUGGCCCCACAUUUCAGGAUGCCAUUCGCAUGUUGUUGAAGAGACCAUGGUUCAAACGUAUUUGGGUACUCCAAGAAGUUGCUGCAGCUCAGAAUGUUCUAGUAAUGUGUGGAUCAAGCACCAUUGAUGGAGCUGCCUUCUGCUCCGGCUUGAACGCUUUGGGACGCCAUAUUGAGGCCCUGUCCGAUAUUGUCAGUCUUGUUCGCCCAGCAAGUUACCUCAUUAGACAUACUGUGUUCAAGCCUAAAGUCCUCUCGCGCGAGUCAGACACGUUCUCUCUUCGCAUACGCCCGCUAGGCGAACUAAUUGACAUGUAUCACACGCACGAAGCAUCCGACCGCCGUGACAAGGUCUACGCUUUACUUGGAAUGGCUUCCGUCCAUUCAAGCUCAGAUCGCUUAUCUCCAGACUAUGAGAUCGAAUGGGGAGUUCUUUUUCGCCGCCUUGUACAGCUACUGCUCAGUAAAAACGCAGACAUCACUACUUGGAACAACAAAGAUAUUGCUGUUAUAAGGGCUCAAGGCUUCGUUGUCGGCAAGGUACUGGCCGCUGUGAGUGAGAAGAAUCGGGUUGACAGGCAGAUCGUGGAUGUUUCUGCGAAGUUUUCGAGUGGUUCCUCUGACAAGACACCGAGGCUCCAUGCUUCCUGGGUAGUGCAAUCUCUGGCAAUACCAAUUCGAAAGAACGACCUCAUCUGCGUCAUCAGAGGAGCAUCGAGACCUAUCAUCAUUCGAACAUAUCAAGACUACUGUGCUGUCAUUUCCGUUGCUCUUACGCCUUUAAGUACAUUCACUGAUCACACAGAUUCGUCCUAUCAAGAUUUGGUGGAAGCCAAAGGACUCCCUAAACGAGACUUCCUACUUGUUUGGGACUGGAACAGCUCCCGUACAUCACUUGGGGAAGAAGACGAAUUCCAUACACUUGCUAAACGCCAGUUAGGAAAACGUGCAAGAGGACACAAGGCGACCAGACGGGAAAAUGUCCGGUUGCUGUGGGAGGAUGCAGGCGCUUUCAAGGAACAGCCAAAAGAAGGUCAAGAUACGGAGUCUGAACUUCGAGGACAGCUUAAUGUCUACGUUGAGAAGUUCCGCCAGGUUUGUCUCGUAUACGACAGCUAA